AUGGACCCAAAUUACGUUCCUCAGCUUAGACAGCUGUUAGAGGCUACUAUCGCUCCUGAUACCAACGUUAUCAAAGCUGCUACUACCCAACUUAACACCCAAUUCUACAAAAACCCUCAAUGCAUCCCUGCUUUGUAUGAAAUUGCCGCUACAACGGAUAAUCAAUCUAUACGACAAUUGGCUGCCGUAGAAUUGAGAAAGAGAAUAUCGUCAGGUGAUGGACGUCAGUGGAAGAAGAACCCCCAGCAAUUGAGGGAGCAGAUCAAAGCCAGUCUGCUUGAACGUCUAACGCAAGAACAAUCAGCAAUCGUACGACAUGCUCUCUCUAGAGCGGUAGCUGCCAUUGCCGAUAUCGAACUUACCGUCAACCCACCCCAAUGGCCCACCCUCCUUCCAGGCUUAUAUCAAGCUGCCGCCUCUCCUACCAAAACACAUCGAGAAACCGCUAUCUACGUUCUCUUCUCCAUCCUUGACACCGUAGCCGAAUCUUUCGAGACUCAAUUACAAUCCUUAUUCAAAGUCUUCUCCGUCUCUUUGGUUGACCCUGAAUCAUCAGAGGUUAGAGUGACCACCCUUAGAGCUCUCGCCAAAGUCGCUGAGUACAUCGAAGCUGGAGAUAAACACGAUGUUAAAGCAUUCCAGGAAUUGAUCGUACCCAUGCUUAAAGUUUUGGAACAAGCUAUCAAAGAUGGUGACGAUGAAGGUGUUAAACACGGUUACGAUGCUUUCGAAACUUUACUCAUCAUCGAGGCUCCUCUAGUGAGCAAGCACGUCGCUGAAUUAGUGCAAUUCUUCCUCGGUGUCGCUGGAAACAAAGAAGUAGAUGAUGAGAUGAGAUGUGGUGCUCUCAACGUUCUCUCAUGGGUUGUACGAUACAAAAAGAGCAAAGUGCAAGCUCUCGGUCUUGCCAAGCACAUCGUUGAAGGACUCUUGCCCAUCGGAUGUGAAGAUGAUCCAGAGGAUGUCGACGAAGAUUCGCCUUCUCGACUCGCUUUCCGAACUCUCGAUAACCUCGCUCAAGCCCUUCCCCCUCAACAAGUAUUCCCCGUCCUCACUCAACAACUCCAAGUCUACAUGGGCGGUGAUGCUCGAAUGAGGAAGUCUGCUCUUAUGGCUUUCGGUGUUUCCGUCGAGGGAUGCAGUGAAUACAUUCGACCUCACGUCGAUCAGCUGUGGCCUGUCAUUGAAGGUGGUCUCCAAGAUGGUGAAGUCAUCGUCAGGAAGGCUGCUUGUAUCGCCCUUGGUUGUUUGUGUGAAUGGUUAGCUGAAGAAUGUGCUACUCGACACUCUGUCAUUGUCCCUAUCCUCUUCAACCUCAUCGUAGACCCUUCGACUCAGAAGAACGCUUGUACAUGUCUUGACUCUUACCUCGAGAUUCUCGGUGACGAUAUUGUCAACUACCUUACCCUUCUCAUGGAACGACUGCUCGUCCUUCUGGAGAAUGGUACCAUCGCCGUCAAGAUCACCGUCACCGGUGCUAUUGGAUCAGCCGCUCACGCCGCCAAGGAGAAGUUCGUCCCUUACUUCGAUCAAACUAUUAAGCGAUUGGUUCCUUUCCUCCACCUCCAAGCCUCUGAUGAGGAAUCUGACCUUCGAGGUGUAGCCACUGACACUAUUGGUACCAUUGCCGAUGCCGUUGGUGCCGACGUUUUCCGACCUUACUUCGAGGGAUUGAUGAAAGCCGCUUUCGAAGCUCUGACAAUGGACAACUCCCGAUUGAGAGAAUCAUCCUUCAUCUUCUUUGGAGUCAUGGCUCAAGUAUUCGAAGGAGAAUUCUCCCAGUACUUGCCACAAUGUGUACCAGCUUUGAUCGCCUCUUGUCAACAAGAUGAAUCAGCUGAUGAAUUCCUCAACGACGGUGAAGGAGGUUCUUCCAACCCUUCUGCUUUGGCCGAAGCAUUCACCACUGGUGUAUCUAAAGAUGCCGGAGAAGAUCUGGGUGAUGAUGAAGAGGAUGAAACCGACUUGGCAGCUUUGGAACAGAUGUUCUCGAAAGUCAACUCCGCCGUUGCUAUUGAGAAGGAAGUAGCGGCCGAUACCAUCGGGGAACUGUUCUCAGCUACCAAAUCAGCUUUCAUGCCUUACGUAGAAGAGACCGUUAAAGUCCUUGUGGAAUUAUUAGAUCACUACUAUGAAGGUAUUAGGAAAUCCGCUGUCGGAGCUUUGUUCGCUUUCAUCAAGACUAUGUACGACCUCUCUGAACCUGCUGAAUGGCAACCUGGAGCUCACGUGCGAGUACCUUUCCACGAACACGUCAAGAAGAUAGUCGAGAUGGUCUUGCCUCCUAUCUUCGAGGCUUGGAAGACUGAAGAUGACAAAUCCGUUGUCAUCCUCAUGUGCGCUGAACUCGCCGACACCAUGAACAAGUGUGGUCCCGCCCUCGUAGAAGGUCACUUGGACGAAGUUGCUACCUUCGCCAUCGAAAUUCUCGAGAAGAAAUCGUUAUGUCAACAAGACCCCGAUGGAGAUGACGAGAACGUCGAUGUUGAUGCUGACUCGUCAGAGUACGAAUCAGCUCUUGUCUCCAACGCUGCGGACGUCUUUGGCGCUAUGGCUUCCGUCCUAGGACCUGAUUUCGCUCAGGCUUUCGGUCAAGUGUUACCUUUGAUCGCCAAGUACACCGAACCUAAACGAACUCAAUCUGAGAGAUCUAUGGCAAUCGGUUCUCUCGGUGAGGUCAUCGUAGGCUUGAAGGGUGGUGUUACUACUUUCACCCAGCCACUCUUGCAAAUAAUCUCUCGAGGGUUAGUUGACGAGGAAGCCGAUGUACGAUCCAACGCCGCUUUCGCCGCCGGUGUAUUGAUCGAGAAUUCCGAAACCGACUUGUCAUCCAACUACCAAGCCUUACUCACCGCCCUCCAGCCAUUCUUCUCACCUGCCGAGCACUCUGCUCCAGCAGUAUACAACGCUAGGGAUAACGCCGCGGGAGCUGUCGCAAGGAUGGUCACCAAGAACCCUAAUGCCUUACCUUUGGACCAGGUGAUUCAAGUUUUAGUAUCUGUUUUACCAUUACGAUUUGAUCCAUUGGAGAACCGAGCGGUGUACGGUGCUUUGUUCGCUACAUUCAGAACACAACCUCAGAUUUUGAUGCCUCAUAUCGACCAUCUCUUACAGGCCUUCCACUAUGUGUUGUUAGACCCAUCACAUGCUGAUGAUACGACCGACGAGACCAAGGCUGAAUUGCGAGCGCUCAUCGAGCACUUGAAAUCGCAAGUACCGGAUAAAGUAGCUGCUGCUGGAUUUGCUUAA